AUGUAUGUGUUUGGAUUUGGAAAAGAGGUAUCGACUGAAAAAAUGGGGGACAAGGACAUCAUUCAUGGUGAUUUAAGGGGAGAAGGGUAUCGGUUGGAAAAAAAAACAAACCCUAAACUAACAUGCGAUUUAGAGGCUCCAAUAUCUGCAAUCUCACCUUAUCUGCCCAAUCUAGAAAGACCAGUUGCAACGUGUACUGCCACAAACAUUUCCAACCUCAUAUGAGUUGCCGAAUAUACCAAGAAAUGACGGGGGUUUGAAGGAAAUCUCACUUUAAAACCAAAUAAUAAAUAAAUUGAAUAUCCUUUGUUUCUAUAUAAUUUGU